AUGAGUGAAGCACGACGCACACCUCAUGGUCCCCGUCUAAGCAGUUUGGUGGAAGACUAUAUCCGAAGAAGCUUACAACGUGGCGUGCAUCCUGCGCUCGAUCUUCUCAAGGAUAAGGAAGACCCAGUGAGCGUGUCUCACGAGAGAAGGACUCAUGGAGGGUCCCUAAAUACGGAACAUGAAUCGGGAGGUGCAGACAAUAAAAGAAACAAAUUGUAUAGGGAUAUCAUUGAAGAGCGAGAAAGAUUCCGCCAGGCGAUGGAGGAUUACGAACGAACCACUGCUGGAACCAGGUUCCAGACUGAUGUGACAAGCAAACCAUUACAUACCUGGGAGGAAGUCUUGGAGGAGGUUGACAAAGUGUCGAGAAUCUACAACUCCAAAGCGACUGUUUGGGGAAAAGUUAGAACAGGCCUGCAUCAGCUUGAGAGCAAUAAUAAAGCUUUUGAAGUAUGGGCUGACCUUUGCCGUCGGGAGAUUAUUGUUCAGCUUUCAGUGGAGGUGUUCGUAAUCCACCACAUUUUCAAUCCGCAUAAACAGUCCGCUAAUCCCUUAAAGGCUGCGGCACGACUAGCAGACCUGCGUUGUAUAAUCUCGGAUACAUUGACAGAAAUCCCCGUCUUGUUAACAUGUAUCCAUCGGGCCUUAAACAUCUUCGAGAAGUCCGAAGAGCUACAGCAAUGUAGCGCAGCGCUCUAUAUAGCUACCAUCGCGGUGCCACACCACAUUAUCUGCUGGUACAAGACAAAAGCGAUAAAAAAACUCAGUCUGAGAAUUGUCAAGCAAGACUCGUAUGAGACAAAACUAGAAUCUUUGCUUCAAGACAUGCGGAACAAAUCUGAGAGUCUUGACAAGUUGGCUCAACUGUGCUCUUAUCAGGCCAUUGAAGAAACGAGGAAAAGGAAACUGAACAAACUUGACGGUCUGGUCUGGAAACUCAAUGCAAUCAUGGCAGAAUUCUUGGGAAGUCACGAUCGGUUAUAUCCUAAGACGAAAGAGAGUGAGGGCGGAUCGCCAUAA